AUGUCGGUAUCGUCUCAGGACAAUCCAUCAUCUCAGAGGAAUCUCCGUCGAGAUCGUGACAAUGGAUCAUAUGUGGAAGAUCAACAAUUUGAAGAUGAGUCCGCUGCCAUCCUCGGUGAUGAAGAUGAUGUUCAGGAAGAAAGCGAAGGUGAAGACCUUUUCCGUGAUGACAUGGAACGAGACUAUCGACCCAUUCCUGAACUUGAUGUCUACGAGCCUGAGGGUUUAGCUAGCACAGAUGACUUUUCAAGCAUGUCACCAACGACCCGAGCUGAGGCUGAACGUGCGAUGCGAGAACGUGAUCGUGCCGAAGCACUGGCAACAGGACUUCUUCGUCGCGGCUUAGUUGCCGAUUUGUACGGUAUUGACGAGGAGGAAGGAGAGGUUCCAGCUAGACGUCGUCGCCUUGCCGAACGGGUUGCUGCCGGUCUUGAAAUGGAGCCUUCUGGUGACUUCGGUGAGGCCCUAGAAAGCAUCGAAAACCUGGAGGACAUGCAUGGAAUGACCGUAAAUGAGUGGGUUCAACAACCAGCCACGCGCCAGGAGAUAAAAAAUCGUUUUAAGUCGUUUCUACGCACCUUCCUCGAUGAACAUGGCGUUAGUGUGUACGCUGAACGUAUCAUUCAGAUGGCUCGUGAAAACAGGCAAUGCCUCUCCGUGGAUUACCAGCACUUAGCUGCUGCUGAACAGGUGCUUGCUUACUUCCUUCCCGAGGCUCCUUUCCAUGUAUUGGAGAUCUUCAAUGAGGGUGCUUUGGAAGUUACUCUUGCUAGGUAUCCUCGAUAUGACAGAAUAAGCAACCAUGUUAAUGUCCGUAUUGUUGAUCUUCCGUUAAUCGAGGACCUGAGGAGUCUUCGUCAUCUUCACCUAAGCCAGCUGGUGCGUACUAGUGGAGUGGUAACCAGCGCAACUAGCGUUAUGCCACAGCUCAGUGUGGUGCGGUACAACUGUGUAAAGUGUUCUUGUGUUCUCGGUCCAUUCGUGCAAACACAAAUUUCAAGUGAAAUUAAGCCUACUCUCUGCUCAGAGUGUCAGUCAACCGGACCUUUUGAAAUCAACCUUGAAAAGACUGUUUACAAGAACUACCAAAGGAUAACCAUUCAAGAAAGUCCUGGAAAAGUACCCCCUGGACGGCUUCCCCGCUCCAAAGAUGCUAUCCUCCUCGACGACUUGGUCGACAGCUGUAAACCUGGCGAUGAAAUCGAGCUCACUGGCAUUUAUACAAACAACUAUAGCUGCUCGUUAAACGUGCAAACGGGCUUCCCCGUGUUUUCCACCGUUAUUCACGCUAACAAUGUCAUUCGCAAGGAGGAUAAACUCGUCCUUGGAAAUCUCACCGACGAGGACGUGAAGACCAUCACAAAGUUGUCUCGAGACGAGAGAAUUGCUGAGCGCAUUUUUGCCUCCAUUGCACCGAGCAUCUACGGUCACGACGAUAUUAAACGAGGCAUUGCACUCGCCCUCUUCGGCGGCGAGGCGAAGAACCCCGGUGAGAAGCAUAAGAUUCGUGGCGAUAUUAAUGUUCUCCUCUGUGGUGAUCCUGGUACUGCGAAAUCCCAGUUUCUCAAAUAUGUGGAACAGCUUGCGCCUCGGUGUGUCUUCACCACCGGCCAGGGUGCUAGUGCCGUUGGUUUAACCGCCUAUGUUACUCGGAAUCCCAUGUCAAAGGAGUGGACCCUUGAGGCUGGCGCUCUGGUUCUCUCUGAUAAGGGUGUCUGUCUUAUUGACGAAUUUGAUAAGAUGAAUGACCAGGAUCGAACAUCUAUUCAUGAGGCAAUGGAGCAGCAGAGCAUCUCCAUCAGCAAAGCGGGUAUCGUGACGAGUCUUCAGGCGCGCUGUUCCGUCAUUGCGGCGGCUAACCCCAUUGGAGGACGUUACGACCCGAGUCUGACGUUCUCUGAUAACGUGGAUCUAAGUGAGCCCAUUCUGAGUCGUUUCGACGUGCUCUGUGUGGUGCGGGACACUGUUGACUCAGUGCAGGAUGAGAUGCUGGCCAAAUUUGUGGUGGGCAGUCACAUGCGACAUCAUCCCAACCUGAGUUCUGAGGAGUCAGAAGCACUAGUGGCUCAGCUUGCCAGCUUGGGGGCGACCACGGGAAGUGCCGAUGCCAGUGUCGGUGAUUACGAGCCUCUACCACAGGACCUGUUAAAGAAGUACAUAAUGUACGCGAAGGAUCGUGUGCACCCCAAGUUGAACCAGAUGGACCAGGAUAAAGUGGCAAAGGCUUACGCCGAUCUGCGUCGGGAGUCGAUGGCUACUGGAAGCAUUCCCAUCACUGUGCGCCAUAUUGAGUCGGUGGUGCGUCUCUCUGAAGCCCAUGCGCGCAUGCACCUUCGCGAGUAUGUGAAUGAGGAUGAUGUCAAUAUGGCUCUCCGCAUGGUUCUCGAGUCAUUUGUCUCCACGCAGAAGUACGGUAUCAUGAAGACUAUGCGUCAGGUUAGUGGCUCUCCUCCCCCCUUCCCCCACCCAAAUUCGAAUGUUGAGCCCAACCAUUUGGUUCGGGCUAUGACCCCAGGGACAUUGUUUGGAAGUCUGAAGUUUUCGCGUUUUCUGAGUUACCGUCGCGACAAUCAAGAGUUGUUGCUGUUCCUGCUGAAGCAGUUAGUGCACGAGCACUCGGCGUUUGAGCGUUCGCGUCAGGCGGCUACGGCGGGAGUGGAGAUACCGGAGCAGGAGUUCGUGGAGCGCGCGCGUCAGGUGAAUAUUUCCUCGGUGCGCGCCUUUCUAACCAGCGAGCUCUUCACCACCCACCGCUUCACGUACGACGCUGGGCGCAGGUUGAUCAUCCACAACCUCUAG